AUCUGAUGCAGUACGACAUCACUCUCCUUCUUGGUGUCAGCUAGAGAUGUCAGCUAGAGAUUUGUAGUCUUGCAUGAUGUCUUUGAUGCUUAUUAGCAUUUUUGAAUCUGAGAGUAAAUCAAGCUGAAUAUUUGAUAAAAGUCAUAGAUGUAUUUGGUUCUCAAAAUGUCACGCCAGGGUAAGCCUACACCAAACACUGCCCUUAUUUUAAGUUUUUCUAAAAUUCCCUAUGGGAAAAAUAGCAAUUGGAACAAUUUCCCUGUUAGGUUUUAUGGGUAUUAUGACCUCCACUGUGAGGUUCUAUCGCUAUCUAGCACCCCCUCCGCAAACACGCGUUCUCCAAUGUUCAAAUCAAAUUGUAUUGGUCACAUACGUGUUCAGCAGAUGUUAUCGCGGGUGUAGAGAAAUGCCUGUUGGUUACAAGGCGGUACUUAUGUAAAUUAGGUAAGAGGAUAUCAUGUUACCAUUGGUGUAUUAAAAUGAGAGUUAGGGCGAUGUCAACCUAUUCCUUUAAUAAUCCUCUGUGAAACUGCAGGUCACAAUUUGGGGUGUUCCUGCAUGUGGGCAUUACUGCAUCUGUCUCCCGAUUGUCUCCGCCUCCCGCUCGGGUGACACCGUGUACCAGCUAUCUUGAUAGUUAGUACAUGAUGUCACUAACUAGUCCCCGCAUUCCGUGUACCGGAGUCAUUGACAAACUAUCUAAACUAGUACACAGUGUACUUCGCUCCCGCCUGCCCUCGCCGUCGUUAACAGAACUCGGGAAAAACAGUGCCCGACCCUACUUCUGUGGGGUUUAUCAGGAAUGCUCAAAUGCAUGAACACUCCAAAUCACAGGGCGCAAUUGCACCCUUCUCAAUAAGCGUGCCUCCUGAAUCCAAGUGUUUGACAUGGAGGAAGGGACCAGUAACUUUAUGAUCAAAUUGUAUCAAUGUAGAACCAAUAGUAUUUUUUUCAUACUUUGAUCAGGUUUCAUCCAAAUACCAUCCAAUCUCAUGAAAAACAUGUAUUGUUCAUGACUUGUAAUAACCAUGUGCGCCACUGCAUUACACUACAUGUAGCCAUAUCUUGUAUUGACUAAUACGUUUUACGAUCUGAAUUCUUUAAAACGGCGUCUUUUUUGGUCAAUAGAUAUGGCUAUCCUACAUGCAGACUAUAAUAGACCCUGCUAUUUGUUGUGCCAUUGCUAAUUCUAACAAUUUUGAAGGUUUGUUGCAAUCUCAUAUUUACGGUAAUAAAUACUUAGGUCACGAGUUGUUGAACGGAAGUGCAAUUGCGCAAACAUCACGCGUUGUUUUAAUUUAUCGACAUUUUACGGCUUGUUUAUUGAACAUUAGCUUGGAAAUUGUAGACUUUACUUCACACGGAUAAUACAAAUCUGUCAUUUGGGCUGGACAAGAUGGCCAGCUGCAAUUUUCAGGUGCAGUUUAUAUCCAUUAUGGAGGUAUUGGCUAAAGCAGCGGUAGCCGAAAUAAACAAUCGUGUAGAUGAUAGCUGUGCUGUUAUACGCAUGGAAGUUAUCCAAAGCCAGCGAGAUAUUGAUGUACUGAAAAGGAAGUGUCAAAUGAUGGAGAGCGAGCUGAAGAAGACACGAGGACGAGUCAGGAGAAAAGAGAGAUCUUCAUAUCCAGUCAAGAUAGUUUUGAACAAGCAGAGGAGUAGUUCACAGUGGAGAGGUGGAGAAAUGGCUGUUGAAGGGGACUCUCAACCCCAGCCUGCAGAUGUGGAGCAGAGAGUGGAGACUGAACCCAUACUGAUCAAAGAUGAGACAGCAGAGGACGUGUGGAAGACUGACCCUCAGGAAGAGUUCAGGAUCACUGGAGAGGAGUCUGGUUCCAAGCCUGGGAAACCACCAUCCUUUGAGCAACGGCACUGUGAUGAGGACUUCAUCACACAACCCAGCAUGUCUCCCGAAGACUCAGUGGAACAUUACCUCAAUUCUGAUCGUCCAGAGGAACCAGGCACACCACGGCUCGCUUCUACAGAGGUAUUCCGCACAGAACAGCACCGGCCAGCCAAGGACGAGGACUCACGAGAGCUAGUGAUGGUGAAGAAUGAGAAAGAGGAGGAGCUGGGUCAGACCACAGCCCUGGCAGGACCUGACCAGUUUGUCAUGGAUGAGUCUGAUGGGCAGCUGUGGACCUCUGUGGAUCCAGGUGGAGACACUGACCCUGUCUGCCACCCAGAUUUCUCCUUUCAUUCCACAGAAGAGUACUCUCAGAAUAUCUCAAUUUUCCCAUCUCAUAGUGGGCUGCCAUCUGUUCCUACUAUGACAGAUGAUGUAGGGCCAUCGCUUCACUCUUCUAUAGGAAAACCACAUGCUAACAUGUUCAGUGGAGCAGCACACAGGAAAAGACAUGUCAGGACAUUGGCUGAUGAGACUAGACAACAGAUGCCAGAGGGACAGAGCAGUGAAAGGCUGAACUCAAAUAAUGAUGGAAAUAGUUUAGCUCUACAGCCAAGGCAGCAUCAGUACAGGGCUUCAGAAGCAACAGUGAGAUUGAGUGAGUGCAUGACAGGGUCAAACAUGGCCACCACCUCCACCUUCUCUGGAUACAGCCUGAGUCACAGUAGUUUUAACAUGGUGAAGAGAAUGAGGAGUCAGUGGAGGUCGGGCGGCACCACCGAGAGGCGUUUCAGCUGCACCUUUUGUGGGAAGAGCUUCCAGCGUUUCUGCCAGCUCAAAGUACACCUCCGGAGUCACACCGGAGAGAAACCAUACACCUGCGAACAGUGUGGCAGGAGUUUUACCCAGCAGUGCAACCUGAUCAGACAUGCUGUGGUCCACAGCGGGGAGAAGCCCUUCGAGUGCAAACAGUGUGGGAAAUGCUUCACCCAGCGCUCUAGCAUGAAGUCACAUCAGAAAACUCACAUAGGAGAGAGUCCAGUGUCUCAAUACGUGGUACCCGCAUACCCUGGGGAUCCACACACAAGUUUAAAGCACAACUGAAGGCAAUAAACAUCUUCUGAUAUAAAAAGGCUAUGUAUCACCGAUGAGUCAUAAACAUUUAUUCUAUUGUCAAAUUGUAAAUAGGAUAAUUGUGUUCAUAAAUUCAGUCUCAUCCAAAACUGAGUUUUGUAAGUAGGUUCGACAGAACUUACUUUUGGGUUGGGUUUUGAUUUUACCAAUGCUCACUUGCCCACUAACACCGGAUACACAGCUGUGGUGAUUGCGCUCUAUCCAAUCCACCGUAGAACACACAGCUUUUCAGACACACCUGCCCAUCUCACUUUGUUUAACUUGAGAAAUACAGCACCAAACAUCUUAACUAUAAGUAAAAUUACUCAACUAAAACCUCCUCGUCAAAAACGUCCAAGUUAACUCAAGAAGUCUAUCUUAGAUACAUAAUGCUUGCAUCGUUCCUAUGGGGUUUCAUGGGGGACAAACAUUAUUAACUGCCACAUCGAACCUCACCCCCAAGUCUGAAAUCUGUUUUUUCUUAAAAGAGCAACAGAGAAAUGUGGAAUUAGUGCGUUCAGUCGCUCUUUAAUGUUGUCUCAAACCAGAUGAAACAAAUAGAUAAUAAUUGCAUAGUUUUCCUGUAACACUUUCUAUGUAAAAAUGUGUUACUGAUGGUAAUUUGAGACAUUUUGACAAGCUUUUCCUCCAAAUUGAUUUGUAAAAUGGUUUUCAUGUUUGACUGUUGACGGCUCUUCACUUUAAUUUCAACAACCUAUUUCCAACUGGUAAUGUGUGUUUGUACCACAAAAUCAUAAAAACCAUGCUAUAUUCAAUAACAUAUAUUUAAUGAAAGAGUCAAUUUGCCAAAAUAAAAAGUUUUAGCUUCACUGUCUGAAUAAAUAGUAGGGGAGUGUUUAUGUAUGUGCCUUAAAAACCCUAAGUAAAGAACCUCAAUGUAAAUCAGCUAUAAUGCAUCAAUAGUUACUUGAAAUAUAUCAUGAAAUUAAGUUUACAUGAAACUAGUUUAUGGUCUUUGUUUGCCAGCUGUGUUUCAAACAAGUUCUAUACUUUUUUCUAUCCUUUAAUAAAUACCAUACCACAUUUUCAGAA